CCCGCCUCCCUCCCCUCGCCGCUGCUGCUGCCGCCAGCAUCUGGGACCGGCCGAUUCUGCACCUCCGUCCGGCGCUGCCCUUUGAUUCGGAUUUCCAUCUUGCAUUCUCCGGCUGACUGCGAGACCUGGCUCGUGCAGUGGAGGGGGGCCUGACGCUAUGGAGUAUUUCAUGGUGCCCACUCAGAAGGUGCCCUCUUUGCAACAUUUCAGGAAAACAGAGAAAGAAGUGAUAGGAGGGCUCUGUAGCCUUGCCAACAUCCCGCUGACCCCGGAGACGCAGCGUGACCAGGAGAGGCGGAUUCGGCGGGAGAUUGCCAACAGCAACGAGCGCAGGCGCAUGCAGAGCAUCAACGCGGGCUUCCAGUCCCUCAAGACCCUCAUUCCCCACACAGAUGGAGAGAAGCUCAGCAAGGCAGCCAUCCUCCAGCAGACAGCAGAGUACAUCUUCUCUCUUGAGCAGGAGAAGACUAGACUGCUGCAGCAGAAUACGCAGCUUAAGCGCUUCAUCCAGGAGCUGAGUGGCUCAUCCCCUAAGCGGCGGCGGGCAGAAGACAAGGACGAGGGCAUUGGCUCACCUGACAUCUGGGAAGACGAGAAGGCUGAGGACCUUAGGAGAGAGAUGAUUGAGCUGCGCCAGCAGCUGGACAAGGAGCGUUCUGUGCGGAUGAUGCUGGAGGAGCAGGUGCGCUCCCUGGAGGCCCACAUGUACCCGGAAAAACUCAAGGUGAUUGCACAGCAGGUGCAGCUGCAGCAGCAGCAGGAGCAGGUGCGGCUGCUGCACCAGGAGAAGCUGGAGCGGGAGCAGCAGCACCUUCGGACCCAGCUCCUGCCUCCUCCAGCCCCCACCCACCACCCCACAGUGAUUGUGCCUGCGCCAGCCCCACCUUCCUCCCACCACAUCAAUGUUGUCACCAUGGGUCCCUCCUCAGUCAUCAAUUCUGUCUCUACAUCCCGGCAAAAUCUGGACACCAUCGUGCAGGCCAUCCAGCACAUUGAGGGCACCCAGGACAAACAGGAGCUGGAGGAGGAACAGAGGCGAGCGGUUAUCGUGAAGUCCGUCCGCGGCUGCCCAGAGGCACACACCUCCGAUACUGCCUCCGACUCGGAGGCCUCGGACAGCGACGCCAUGGACCAGAGCCGGGAGGAGCCUUUAGGGGACGGAGAGCUUCCCUGACCACCCCAGCCCUCCUCUCCCUUCUAGGGGCUAGAGGGGGCCGGGGCAACAACAGGGGAAACAUGGGUGAAUGAGUGAGAAAUUUUUACAAAAUUAUGAUAACAUUUGGGUCACUUUUAUGACCUCUUUUUCAAUACUGUAAGUCGACCUUUGAUCGAAGCCACCGGAGCCCAGGUCCCGGGGUUGUGGUGGUCUCUAGAGCACGUGUGGGAGCAUCGGGACUCCAGGGCUGGGCCUCGGCCCUGGGGCUGGGGAAGCUGACACUGAGGUGCCUGGCCUCUCUCCGCCAAAAAGCUUUUGUUGUUGUUUUGUUUUUGUUUGUUUGUUUUUCUUCCAUUUAAACGUGUUUUUAAGAACAGGGAAAAUCAAACAAAACCCCAAGGUAUUUCCUCGCUCCUCAGAGCCAGCUCCCCUUCCCGCCUCUAUUUGGUUUUCUUUUUUUAUCUUUUAAGCACUUACAUGGGUUGGGGGUCAGGCUGGGUUGGGGCUUUCUGGGGACCCGGGGAUCUACGAUGCUUCUCGGUUGGGGUUUGCUGCUGCCAUUCUCCCCUCCCCUCCCCACCUCAGCACCGGAUUUGGCCGCUCUCCACCUUCCCACCUUUCCCUCCAGGGUUCCCAUCACUGACCCUAAAAAUGUCUGUCUCUUUUUGUUUUGUUUGUUGUUGGUUUUAUUUUGGUUUUGGUUUCUGUAUUUUUAAAUUUUUUCUUUUUCUUUUCUUUCUUUUUCUUUUUUUUUUUUUUUU